GCGAGUCUCCCUUCGCGAUAUUGAAAAGCGACUACAGCUUUGGCCUACCUGAGAAAGGAAAAUGGAGAAUUUCCAAAAUCUAAAACCGACCGACACGUCCAAGUACAAUUUACGGUGUAACCGUAACAUCAGCGAAAAAAUGACCAAAAAAGAUUUCGUCUACGACAUACCGGCGCCGUUUCAACUCAUGAGAAAGACCGAAAUACGCCGGCAGAUCGUCCUGCCAAUUCAGCUUCGCAGGAAACUUGGAUCAGAUUCAAAACCACCUCGUUACGCGGUAAUCCCGACCAAUGAGGGACUCGAAUUAAUCAAUGAAUCCGCCGAGCCUCACGCUGAUCAGAUUCCGGAGCGCAAGAUCCUGCGGUUCCAAUGUAAUUACUGCCAGGAGCGAUUGGCGACGCGACUGUCUUUGUCCACCCACGUCAAGUACCAUUGCGGCACCUACUGCACCACCUGUUUCUGGAUCCUGAAACCGGAGGAAACGAUGACGCAGCACUUCCAGAUAGCACAUCAGGUCCCAAAUCCAUCUGUCUCUGUUCCUCGCCGGUGAAUUUUCCCCCACCUUCAACGCAGUUUCCAGCACAUGUGGAAUAUCCUAACUUUAAGGAUGCUUUGUUCAGAGUGUUAUACGUGUUAAUUAUCUCGUAUGAUAUUCCGGGCUUACUCUCAGAAUAAUUAUCCAUGAACCCUGGGUGUAACGUUGCCAACGUAACUACUCAUACGUGCAGAAAUUAAACACACAGCCCAGGGCCGGUCUUGUUCACAACGCAUGCUGAUGCCACUCAUCCGCGUAUCAUGUAAAGUACCAUUGAAUACCUUUGAAGUCAACUUAACAAUCCCACUUGGAACACUCUGUAUAUAUAAGUUUAACCUUUGGCGAUUAGUUCAAAAUCACCGUUUCAUUAUUCCUAGUCGUUGUAUAUCCUUUACGCUGAAUCGAGUAGAAUAUAUAUGCAUGUAUAAAAAAUUGAUCACAGUGCGGUAAACAGAUCGUGAUAAUAAUUUGGUAACUAUUUGACUUUCCGCAUCGUAAACUCGGCACGUGAAUUAACCUUUAAGAGUUUAAAUGUUAGUUUGUAAGUAAGUAAUGUGUAAAGUGCUUGCAGAAUUUUUAAAUAUUGUUUCA